UUAAUCAAGAAUUAGGUUUUAAUUUCAACCCGUUAUUGUACUAAAAGAACCCUAGCCGUAAUUUCGCUAGUUUUGGCAACCAUAGGCAUUGGACUGUCCAAUUUUAUGAACCGGUGCCAGUGGUUUGGUCAUCGACUCAGUCAUGUUCAUGAGCCAAUGUUCACCUCAACUUGAACGAGCAGGCCCAUAACUCCUCUCCUCCCCCUCCUCCUCCUUCAUCUUCUAUUCUUACUCGACAUUCGAACGCCGUCGAUUUCACUGUUUCACCGCCGGCGAAAUGAGGCCGAGAUGGAAAGGGAAGGCUUCAGAAGCCAGAGCUCUAGCAGAUCCCAUGUCGAAGAUUGUACUUCAGCUUCAAUCUCUUCUGACACAGUCGGACGCGCAAGGAUUAUUAUCUGGUUGUAGUAUACUUUAUCAAGCCGAUGAAGAACAAACCGAUCUUCUUAAUCGCGCUUGUUUCGGCCGAACAAUUAUUACCGCCGAGAAGGAUAAGCAAUGGUUUCAAUUCGGAAUGGAGGAGGCUUUUUACUUGUCCUAUCAUUUGAAUUGCCUCAAAAUUGUCGAUGGACAAGAUCGUGAAAAGAAUGUUCAAGAGCUGUGGCAGGAUAUGAAGUCGCAAAAGGCUACAUUCCCUGAGUUUUACAUGGCUUAUCAACAUCUUCGAAUGAAGAAUUGGAUUGUGAGACCUGGAUCUCAAUAUGGCGUUGAUUUUGUGGCUUAUCGUCACCAUCCGGCUCUCGUCCACUCUGAAUUUGCUGUUCUUGUGUUGUCCGAAGGAGAAGGCAGCAAUGAAAAUGUGCGAUUAAGAGUUUGGUCUGAUUUUUUAUGCACAAUUCGGCUUUGUGGAAGCGUUGCAAAAACGCUGCUAGUUCUUAGCGUCAAUGAUAAUGGAAGCGGUUCUGUUUCUCCUUCUUGUUUGGACAAUUACUCCAUUGAAGAGCGCACAGUUACAAGAUGGAGUCCAGAACAGUGCCGCGAAAAUCCUGAAAAAGUGUGAAACAUACCAAUUGUAUUUCAGCGAGGAUUGGCUUAGCGAAGAACCUCAGUAUAAAAGCUACGCACCAAGCCUAGGGUUUCUCAUUCACAGACGGUGCGGCGGCCUCAUCAAACCAGCAUCGUCUCUACCGGCGUCGGAACUUCACUACCUUACUUGAAGAUCCUCUUCUCUCACUCACCAUGGGG